AUGUUCGGCAAUAUAGUAAACAAAAGAUUUGCUGGCGUUGUGAACAGAGGGUUAUUGAACAGACCGGCCGUGGGCGUAUCAUCGGUCCGUUUCAACUCAAGCUUUGAUGAGCUUGCAAAGGCUAUGAAACAACAAACCAACAAGAAGGAAGAUAAUAACAAGGACAGAAAUUCGAACGCCAUCAGCGACAUAGACAACUUGUUGUCAAGUACUUUUGAUUUCCAAAACAAUUCCCAUUAUGCCAAUAAGUCAAACGAUUACAUACUCGACAACUCGUUAAAACAUCCUCGUGAUGUGGCCAAAUCCAUCCGUUUACAUGGUCCUAUUGCAGGAAGAUCUGUCGAUGUGCAAUAUGGUAACUUUAAUCGUGCACUCGGGGGAAUUUUCACCGUGGUUAGAAGCAAUAAGAUUAGAUAUCUCCAAAAGGUGCAGUCGAGGUUUAUUCCACCUGCCAAGUAUAGAAAACAAAAGAAGAGAGAAUGGUGGAGGCGUAAGUUCUCUCAAGGCUUUAAGGAGUUAAUGUCUCAAGUCAGAGAUGCUAAGAGAAGAGGUUACUAA